AUGAUGAGAUUUAGUGGAAUAGCGCAGUUGCACAUCAUCUUGUGCUGCCUGCUGACUUUUUGCCUUGCGAAAGAUGACGAAAACUAUGACAACUCGACUAAUUUUCGGCCUCGCAAUGUCACUGGCCUCGGUGACUUCUAUCAAUGGGUUGGAUCGUAUUAUAACGCGACAGCAGAAGUCGAAUUGAACCCCGUCUUCGGAGACGUUUGGAACGAAAGCUUCUUUGGCCCUGACUACACUGAUAAUCUGUGUUCCAAGCUAAAGAACUCUAUCCAAACCGUCAAGUACGACGCUAUUCUUAGCAUCCUUGAGAAGGGGGAAUGGAACGCUGGAAGUAACUCUGUUGUCUUCUGGCUGACUCUUAUCCCAAAAUCCUUAGCGGGGUUCAAUGUAUCUUCUCUUGGUGCUGAUUUCAUGUAUUCAUCUCAAUCUGGGGGACUUCAAUUUCCCCUGUAUUCUGUCCAUUCAAGCCCACAUGGAUAUUGGCGCCCCACAGAGGGAAAAGGGCCUGAUCUUUUCAACUUCACAACCAGCCAGACAAAAUCAGGAGCUUACAACCUCAGUGCGUUAAUCGAUCGUAAUAUACCGGAAUCAUACUCGUCAAGUUUAAACCUCACCAUGCCCGUAUGUAACACUACUGAGCUCAGCGGCGACUACAUGAUAAGCGUGCAGGAGUUUCAGUCUUGGCAGGCAGAGGGCUGGGAUGACUUUCGAUACCCCAGCAUGAGCAUCCAGUUUGACAGCAAGACAGCCAACAUGACUAUGGAUGCUGUAUUCGCUGCUAGACCAUACGAGCAGUCUAACGUGAGUAAUUGGCAGGGGCCUACGACAGGCGACCCCGGUGCUCAUGGCUUCAUGCAAAUUCGCGUCUCUGGGGCUAUUGAUACAUACCAUUCGGAUUCACUUAGUCUUGAAAAUGAGAGACCUGUCUGGCUACGAACAGUGGGUUUCGGGAACGAUUCAUCGAAUAUUGGAUAUGACAGUGGAGCUAUCAAGUUGUCCUCUGGGUCUACUCUUGCUAUGAUUGCCAUUGCUAUAUCUAUUGCUAUAAUGCUUUGA